ACGAUCAUCACACAAUGAGCAGAAGUGGAAAAGUUGGAGGCCUUUUAUCCAUGUGGGAAAAGAAGGGAGAAGAUACUCAAACAACCUCAACCCCAAAGAAACCAAUCACAUUACCAACAGCAAACACUACUUCAUCAACCACAUCAACCACAACCACAGCAACAACCACCACUCCAGUCGUAAAGAAGGAGGAACCAGUAAGCAAACCAGCAACAAGCAAUACCACCACCACUUCAACUCCAAAGAAGGAAGAACCUGUUGUUACUCAACCAUCAGUGAAAUCAACUCCACCACCAACUACUUCUUCACCACCUCCAUCUGGUAAGACCACAGUUACCCCAACUCCUACCACAACAAUUCCAGAUGUUUUGCAACCAGAAUUUUUGAAGAAAUUAGAAGAAUUGGUUGUUGCUGUCGAAAAGGAAACUGCUAGAUUGGAAUCAUUGGCCAAAUAAUUCAAAAACAAAUUGUAAAAAUAUGUAAUUGAUAUAACUAAAGUAGUAUUUAUUUAACAAUAACAUUUUUCAAAUUUGAAAGCAAUAAUUCUCAAACAUUUUGAAAACUACUUGGAACAAUCUUUAUACACUCAAUGAAUUAUAUCACUUUUUGGAAUUAUCUUUAUACACUCUUCUUAUUUACCUCAAUUACAUUCCUGGAAUCGAACAUUCAUCUCUUGAUCUUUGUACUUGGAAAUCAGAACAUUAGCAAUACACAGUAACACAGCAUUAAAGAGAGAACAAUCUAGUAAUAACAAGCACCUUGUAUUGCAUUGGUAUUGUAAAUCCGACAAUUUCCCUCCAUAACCCAAUGAUUUGAAUCUAUCGAGAUGAAAUUAUUUACAAUGAUUACUUAUGAAGUUGUAUGAGGCGCCAAACAGGUUGCUGAUGAAGAGACCAAUCUUUACGAUGAUGACCGAUGAGUUGUUGUUCCAGAGUAAUACUUUCCCGCCAAAAACAAACACCUCAUUGGACGAAGGUUUGUAAAAAUUGUAAUUUUGGUUGUUUGUUGAGGGGGUUACGCGUGUUGUAGUUAGCCUUAAACAGACUCGCAGCGAGCAUACAACCAACAAACAACACCUUAGAAAAAAAACAACAACUUCUACAAUGAGAGAAAUCGUUCACAUCCAAGCCGGUCAAUGUGGUAACCAAAUCGGUGCUAAGUUCUGGGAAGUCAUUUCUGAUGAACAUGGUGUCGACCCAACUGGUGCUUAUCACGGAGACUCUGACUUGCAAUUGGAAAGAAUUAACGUUUACUACAAUGAAGCUACUGGUGGUAGAUAUGUCCCAAGAGCUAUUCUUAUGGAUUUGGAACCAGGUACUAUGGACUCUGUUAGAGCUGGUCCAUACGGUCAAAUUUUCAGACCAGACAACUUUGUCUUUGGUCAAACUGGUGCUGGUAACAACUGGGCUAAGGGUCACUAUACUGAAGGUGCUGAAUUGAUCGACUCUGUUUUGGAUGUCGUCAGAAAGGAAGCUGAAUCUUGUGAUUGUUUGCAAGGUUUCCAAAUUGCUCACUCUUUGGGUGGUGGUACUGGUUCUGGUAUGGGUACUUUGUUGAUCUCCAAGAUUAGAGAAGAAUACCCAGACAGAAUGAUGAUGACUUUCUCUGUCUUCCCAUCUCCAAAGGUCUCUGAUACCGUCGUCGAACCAUACAAUGCCACUCUCUCAGUCCAUCAACUUGUCGAAAAUGCUGAUGAAGUCAUGUGUAUUGAUAACGAAGCCUUGUACGAUAUCUGUUUCAGAACCCUCAAGCUUACUACACCAACCUUUGGUGACUUGAACCACUUGGUCUCAAUUGUCAUGUCUGGUGUUACUUGUUGCUUGAGAUUCCCAGGUCAAUUGAACUCUGACUUGAGAAAGUUGGCUGUCAAUUUGAUUCCAUUCCCACGUCUCCACUUCUUCUUGAUUGGUUUCGCCCCAUUGACCUCAAGAGGUUCCCAACAAUACAGAGCCUUGACUGUUCCAGAAUUGACUCAACAAAUGUUCGAUGCUAAGAAUAUGAUGGCUGCUUCUGAUCCAAGACACGGUAGAUAUUUAACUGCUUCUGCUAUGUUCAGAGGUAGAAUGAGUACUAAGGAAGUUGACGAACAAAUGCUCAACGUUCAAAAUAAGAACAGCUCAUACUUUGUUGAAUGGAUUCCAAACAACAUUAAGUCAUCUGUCUGUGACAUUCCACCAAGAGGUUUGAAGAUGGCUGCUACUUUCAUUGGUAACUCGACUGCUAUCCAAGAAAUGUUCAAGAGAGUUUCAGAACAAUUCACUGCUAUGUUCAGAAGAAAGGCCUUCUUGCAUUGGUAUACCGGUGAAGGUAUGGAUGAAAUGGAAUUCACUGAAGCUGAAUCCAACAUGAAUGACUUGGUUUCUGAAUACCAACAAUACCAAGAUGCUACUGCUGAAGAAGAAGGUGAAUUUGAUGAAAAUGAAGGUGCUGAAGGUGAAGAACAACCAGCUGAUUAUUAAAUGGAAGCAUUACACUUGCAAGCUUACAAGAAUGAGAAGCAUUAUUAAAAUAAAGUUUUUAAUCUAGUUUACAA